AUGAGGGUGAUCAAAACAAUCCUCUUCCUCACCAUAAUAACCAUUACAACCCUAACACCCGAACCGAUUUACUCCGAACCAGGGCCUCCCGAUAGAAACCCGUUACCGACCAGUAGGGCCCCCGGCCCGUUUCUUUCUCUAUUACAAGUUGAAAGCACUAGCCCACGAACGGCUCGUUUGUGCGGACAAGAUAGUCGGGCAUGCCGCCGCGGAAGUGGAAAAGGGACUUGUUGCAACUAUAGGUGUGUUGAGACUGGCUCGGAUGCUAGAAACUGUGGCGCGUGCGGCAAAAAGUGCGCGUUCGGGCAAGUUUGUUGCAAGGGGGAGUGUGUGAAUACAUAUAGGGAUAGUAGGCACUGUGGAUCUUGUAAUAACAUGUGUAAGAUUCAUGGCAUGUGCGUGUAUGGCAUAUGUGACUAUGCUAUUUAA